ACACUGUACCCUGGUUCACUGGUGGUGCAUUGCUUGUUGUUUGUUUUCAGAAUUUAUGCAUAUUACCAGAUACUUUAAAAUAAAAUGAAUUUCAAUUCGCGGUUUUUGAAUAAAAAAUUGUGCAAUUAUCAUUUUCGUAAUUGUAUAAGGUGGUUUGUAGUGCAAAACAGGCUUUAUGCGAAAGCUACAAGCUUUCCCGAUUUUUUUCAAAAUCCAAUAUUUAGAAAAGAAGACCAAGCUAAGUUGAUUGAAAAUUCUGAAUUGGCGAAACUUGCGGCUGUUCCUGUAAGACCACCAGCCUCAUAUGAGACUUGCUCGGUAUACCAUGACCCUCUUGUGAAUAAAGUUAUCAAUCAUGUGAUGGAAAUGGGCAAGAAACAAUUAGCUCGCAGUCUUGUUGAAAAGGCUUUUGAAAAUAUAAAAAGGAUACAGAUAGAACGUUAUCAUUUAGCACAAACUCAAGAAGAAAAGAAUAAAAUAGAACUGAAUCCAAAGUCAAUUUUGUAUAAUGCAGUUGAAAAUUGUAAGCCAUUGUUGCAACUUUCUCCUAUCAAGAGGGGUGGCAUAACAUAUCAGGUACCUGGACCUAUCACUGAGAAAAGGUCUCUCUUUUUGUCUAUUAAGUGGUUGUUGGAAGCUACUAAUGAUAAGGAAAGGACUGUUCAUUUUCCUGAACAAUUUGCAUGGGAACUGUUAGAUGCUGCAAAUAAUACAGGAAAAGUAGUAAAAAGAAAACAAGAUUUACAUCGCCAGUGUGAAGCAAACAGAGCUUAUGCACAUUAUCGAUGGCAGUAACUACUCCUGUUACACCACUGCAUACUGUGUAUAUCUGAACAAUGACAUGUGAAUUAUUUUUCUUUAUAAUGUUAAACAAUGUACUUUGCUUAUAAAAUUAAUUAAUUAAAUAAACUAGUUAUGUUAU